AUGGCUCUUCGUGCAAUCACGACCUUGGCGCUUGCUCUGGCCGCUAUGGUCUCACCAGCCUCUGCAACGCCAAUCGAACAGAAACCUUUGGGGGGUGAGCCGACCGAAUGGCAGUCUUUUGGCUUGAAGCAUUAUCCCGGGUAUUCAGUGCGUAUUCGGGAGCAGUCUUCCAGCCUUUGUGACACUGAGUCGAAGCAAUACACCGGAUGGCUGGAGGCCAAAGGGAAACACCUCUUCUUUUGGUAUGUUGAGAGUCUUUCCGACCCUCAGAAUGACCCUCUCAAUCUAUGGAUGACGGGCGGCCCGGGAUGCAGUGGGCUUAUUGGCAUGAUGAUGGAGCUUGGCCCUUGCUUGAUCAACGAAGACGGAUCCGGGACAAGGCGAAACCCUUUCUCUUGGACCGCCAAUGCAUCCAUGAUCUUCAUCGACCAGCCAGCUGGAACCGGCUUCUCUUAUGUCGACGAGGGUGUUGAAAUGCCCUCAGACUCCUUCACUGCCGCUGAGGAUGUUCACAUCUUCCUUCAAAUCUUCUACAGUGCUUUCCCGCACCUGAGCUCGCUGCCUUUCCACAUCUCGGGUGAGAGCUAUGGCGGGCAUUACGUCCCAACUGUUGCCGCAGAGAUUGUGCGUUACAACAAACUCGACCCUGGCUUGAGGGCUGGACUCGAAAUCCCCUUGAAGAGCGUUAUGAUCGGGGAUGGAUUCGUUUCGCCGUUGGAUACCACGUACGGAUAUUACGACACCCUCUGCACGACUAAGCCAGGCGUUGACACACCUGUAUUCAACGAAACACGAUGCACACAAAUCCGUGAAGCGCUUCCUCGAUGUGUCUCUCUCCACGAAUCCUGUUACCAAAACCCUGAUCCAAUUCUCUGUCACGCCGCGGACUCUUUCUGCAGCGGUCAGAUCCGAGCCUUGUUUGACAGCGAGACAGGAGAAGGAGGCCGUGAUCCAUUCGAUAUCACGCGGACUUGCGAAGUAGACCAACUCUGUUACACUGGGGUCCUCAAAAUUCAAGACUAUGUGAACGAGCCCUCAAUUCGCAACGUUCUCGGCGUCCCCAAGCAAGUUGGCAACUUUACUGUCCUUAACGAGGAGAUCCAGGACCUCUUUGGCCAGGGAAAUGACCUCUACGUCAACACAGCUCGAGAAAUCCUCUUCCUGCUCGAAAACGAGGUCGACGUGCUCAUCUACAACGGCAACUUGGAUUUGGCAUGCAACACGGCCGGGAACCUGCGCUGGACUGAGCGAGUGGCUUGGGCCGGCCAAGCCGACUUUGUGUCGCAGGAUAUGCGGGCUUGGCACGCGCCAAAGGAUGGGAAGACGAUUGAGGCGGGGACAAUGAAGGAGGUUGCCGUUAAGGCUAACUCGAAGAGUAAGAAGCCUUCUCGGUUCAGUUUUGUUACUGUAGAUAGGGCUGGACAUAUGGUUCCUUUGGAUCAGCCUGAGAUUUCUCUGCAUCUUAUCAACACUUGGUUGAUUGGCGGAGAGUUGUAG